CAUGGAGAUUAUAAACAAUAACAUGAUAAACAAUUAGCGUUCUGUCAAAGUAAUGUGAUCUUGACUGAGUUUCUUACGAAUAAGUUUAAUUAAAGCCAAAAAAAAUGAAUACGUCGUUUUACAAAUGCUGUGUAGUGCCUAUGUGUAAAAAUACUUCAAUCAAUACGCCACAAAAACUUUUCAUAUACGUUCCAAAAAGUGCAAAAAUAAGGAGAAAGUGGUUAACUCUUGCUAGAAGAUGUCCAACAUCAUUGUCAACAACAAGUACCAGUUAUUUUUGUGAAGAUCACUUUGAUCUUCAAAAUGACAUGGAAAAUUAUGUAGAAUAUACUACAAUGGGUGCUGUAUCUCGAAUAAGGAUGAGACCAGGCUGUUUACCCACAAAGUUUGACUGCCAACUUACAAGAUCCAAUAGUUCUGCUAAUAUCUGUCGACCAGUUGCUGCAAAAAGGCAAAAAUUCUCAUUGUUAAAUGAUUGUGACGAAUUCAUAAGAGCAGUUGUAUUUCAACAAACCGACAAAGUUCCAAAUCAAGAAGAAGAUCCACUCGAUGAUCAACAACAAAAAAUAAUUGAAAAAACAGCCCAGGUAUACAAUACAACCAAACGGCGAAGUACAACUACUCAGACUGGAAUCAAAUCACGUACGAAACAAACCUCUCCAAUAAAGUGUUCUAACCCAUCUGUAUCUAACUCUUCAGAACCAUUACAUAUCGAAUUAGUUACAGUUAAAGAAGAAAAACUGAUAGAAAAUGUGUCAACAGAAAAUCAAGAAAUUGAUGUAUAUAAUCCUUUGUUAAUUAAAGAAGAAAAUAUAAAAAUUGAACAAAAAUUGAAUAGAGAAUUGGAUAUCAAGGAAGAAAUUGAAAAAGAAUUUCAUACAGAAUUGAUAAUCAAAGAAGAAAUGGUCGCUGACGCAGUUAAAGAAGAAAAACUGGUAGAAAAUUUGCCAACUGAACAUCAUGAAAUUUAUGUAUAUAAUCCUUUGUUAAUUAAAGAAGAAAAUAUAGAAACUGAAGAAAAAGAGAAUUGAAAAUCAAGGAAGAAAUUGAAAAGUAAUUGCAUACAGAAUUGAUAAUCAAAGAAGAAAUUGUCACUGACACAGUCAAAGAAGAAAAACUGAGAGAAUAUCAUGUUUAUUUAUAUCAUUCUUUGUCAAUUUAAGGAGAAAAUAUAGAAACUGAAGAAAAAGUGCAUAGAGAAUUGAAAACCAAGAAAGAAAUUGAAAUAUAAUUGCAUACAGAAUUGAUAAU